GGCAACUCGUCUUUAUCUAUGUUUGGCAACACGCCAGCAUAAAUAACCUCACUGUUUGAGUGGAAGAAAUGCCCCCCAAAAAGGCGGCGGGAUCCAAAGGUGGCAAGGGGGCCAAAGGCGAUGAAUCGAGCGAUAAAGGCAAAGAGAAAAAAGGGGGCACCGCAGUCAAGGUGCGGCACAUCUUGUGCGAGAAGCAGGGCAAGUGUUUGGAGGCAUUGGAGAAGCUGAAGAGUGGGCAGAAGUUUCCUGAAGUGGCAGCCGCCUAUAGUGAGGACAAGGCGCGUUCGGGGGGCGAUUUGGGAUGGAUGACGCGAGGCUCGAUGGUGGGGCCUUUUCAGGACGCCGCCUUCGCUCUGCCAGUGUCCACAGUGAACAGCCCCGUCUACACGGACCCGCCCAUCAAAACCAAGUUCGGCUACCACAUCAUAAUGGUCGAAGGGAAAAAAUGAACUUUCAUGCAUUUAUUAGCUCUUUCAUACAUCCAGUAAACGUUAAGGCAUUGCUUUGAACUUUCGAAGUUAUUGGCGUCUAAAACAUUAAAUAUAAUACUUGUUUCUUA